GAAAGGCGGGAGGGGACCGCCGAGCUCCGGGGCUGAGAGCGCCGCGGCCACAGCCAGCAGCGGGUUAAGCGCCGCCCGCGCCGAGAGAGCUGAGCCCUGCCGCCGCUCCGAGCUCGCAUUCGGAUCCGCUAGAGCAGGAAGAUGGCGACGGACAGCGCGAGCUGCGAGCCCGACUUGUCCCGCGCCCCGGGCGACGCGGAGGGGGCCACGGCGGAGGCGGCGAAAAAGGAGUUUGAUGUGGACACCCUCAGCAAAUCAGAGCUGCGGAUGCUCCUCAGUGUGAUGGAAGGUGAACUAGAAGCCAGAGACCUCGUGAUUGAGGCCCUGCGGGCUCGCAGGAAGGAGGUGUUCAUCCAGGAACGUUAUGGGAGAUUUAAUCUAAACGACCCUUUCCUGGCACUCCAGAGAGACUAUGAAGCGGGUGCUGGUGACAAAGAGAAGCCAGUCUGCACCAACCCACUCUCCAUUCUUGAAGCCGUCAUGGCCCACUGCAGAAAAAUGCAAGAAAGAAUGUCCGCACAGCUGGCUGCCGCUGAGAGUAGGCAGAAAAAGUUGGAGAUGGAAAAGCUCCAGCUUCAGGCCCUUGAACAGGAGCACAAGAAGCUGGCUGCCCACCUGGAGGAAGAGAGGGGCAAGAACAAGCACGUGGUCCUGAUGCUGGUGAAGGAGUGCAAGCAGCUCUCAGGCAAAGUCGUAGAGGAAGCUCAGAAGCUGGAGGAAGUCAUGGUGAAAUUGGAGGAGGAAAAGAAAAAGACAAGUGAGUUAGAAGACCAGCUCUCCGCUGAGAAACAGAGAAGCGCUGGAAUGGAAGCUCAGCUGGAGAAACAGCUCUUUGAGUUUGAUACGGAACGGGAGCAGCUGCGGGCCAAGCUGACCCGAGAAGAAGCACACACCACCGACCUCAAAGAGGAGAUAGACAAGAUGAAGAAAAUGAUGGAGCAAAUGAAGAAAGGCAACGAUGGGAAGCCCGGACUCUCCCUCCCCCGGAAGACAAAAGAUAAGCGACUGGCUUCCAUAUCUGUGGCAACAGAAGGGCCUGUGACAAGGUCUGUUGCUUGCCAGACAGAUGUAGUGACAGAAAGCACUGACCCUGUGAAGAAAUUGCCUUUGUCUGUACCCAUAAAACCUUCCACAGGGAGCCCCCUAGUUUCCACAAACACAAAAGGGAAUGUGGGCCCCAGUGCCCUGCUGAUUAGACCAGGUAUUGAUAGACAAGCUUCCCACAGUGACUUGGGUCCCUCUCCACCUACUGCCCUACCGUCAAGUGCAAGUAGAAUUGAGGAAAACGGACCAAGUGCAGGCAAUGCCCCUGACCUAUCAAACAGCACACCCUCAACUCCUAGUGGAACUGCCCCUGCUGCUGCUCAGACACUAGGUGCAGCACCCCAGAACCAUUCACAAGCUCCUCCUGUGCACAGUUUACAUUCACCGUGUGCCAACACUCAUCCAGGUCUCAACCCACGCAUCCAAGCAGCUAGAUUUAGAUUUCAGGGCAAUGCAAAUGACCCAGACCAGAAUGGAAAUAACACUCAAAGUCCUCCCUCCAGAGAUGUUUCUCCUACGAGUCGUGACAACCUAGUAGCCAAGCAGCUAGCUCGGAAUACUGUGACCCAAGCGCUGUCCAGAUUUACCAGCCCUCAAGCAGGUGCUUCUUCAAGGCUGGGAGCAUCUCCAGGAGGCGAUGCUGGCACCUGCCCUCCAGUUGGUCGAACCGGUUUAAAGACUCCAGGGGCAGCACGAGUUGACAGAGGAAAUCCUCCUCCUAUCCCUCCCAAAAAGCCAGGGCUCUCCCAAACUCCUUCUCCACCACACCCUCAACUGAGGGCCUCCAAUGCAGGGGCCAAAGUUGAUAACAAAAUUGUGGCUUCACCUCCCUCUACAUUGCCACAAGGGACCAAGGUAGUAAAUGAGGAGAACGUCCCUAAGUCAUCCUCCCCUCAGCUGCCACCAAAACCAUCCAUAGAUUUAACUGUGGCAUCUGCAGGCUGUCCCGUUUCGGCCCUGGCCACGUCUCAGGUGGGUGCCUGGCCUGCUGAAACCCCUGGACUGAACCAACCCGCAUGUACAGACAGCUCCCUUGUCAUUCCCACCACCGUUGCCUUUCGCUCUUCCAUAAACCCUGUUAGUGCCUCAUCCCGUAGCCCCGGUGCCUCAGACAGCCUCUUGGUAACAGCAUCAGGCUGGUCACCCUCCCUAACCCCUUUGCUAAUGAGUGGUGGUCCUGCCCCCCUGGCUGGCAGGCCCACCCUUCUUCAGCAAGCUGCUGCCCAGGGAAAUGUCACUCUAUUAUCAAUGCUGCUUAAUGAAGAAGGACUGGACAUAAAUUACUGCUGUGAAGAUAGCCAUUCUGCCUUGUAUUCUGCUGCUAAGAAUGGACAUACAGACUGUGUGCGAUUGCUGCUGAAUGCAGAAGCCCGCGUCGACGCUGCUGAUAAAAAUGGCUUCACACCCUUGUGCGUUGCAGCCGCUCAGGGACAUUUUGAAUGUAUAGAAUUACUAACUGCAUACAAUGCCAACAUUAAUCACUCUGCUGCUGGAGGACAGACACCUCUGUACCUGGCCUGUAAAACUGGAAAUAAGGAAUGUAUCAAACUCCUGCUGGAAGCUGGCACUGACCGGAGUAUAAAAACCAGAGAUGGCUGGACACCAAUUCAUGCAGCCGUGGACACUGGUAAUGUGGACAGCCUCAAGCUAUUGAUGUACCAUAGAGUGCCAGCCCCUGGAAACUCUUUGAGUGCAGAAGAGCCCAAGUCAGGCUUGUUCAGCUUGAAUGGAGGUGAGAGCCCUCCAGGUUCAUCUAAGCCUGUGGUUCCUGCGGACCUCAUUAACCACGCUGACAAAGAAGGCUGGACUGCUGCCCAUAUUGCUGCUUCCAAAGGUUUCAAGAACUGCCUAGAAAUCUUGUGUAGGCAUGGAGGGCUAGAGCCGGAAAGGAGAGACAAGUGCAAUCGGACUGUGCAUGAUGUUGCCACUGAUGACUGCAAGCAUUUGCUGGAGAAUCUGAAUGCUCUUAAAAUACCCUUAAGGAUUUCCGUGGGUGAAAUUCAACCAAGCAACGACGGUUCUGACGACUUUGAAUGUGAACACACAAUAUGCACUUUAAAUAUCCGCAAACAGACAUCAUGGGAAGAUUUUUCAAAAGCAGUGAGUCAGGCUCUGACAAAUCACUUCCAAGCCAUCUCUUCUGAUGGAUGUUGGGGUCUGGAAGAUGGGACACUUAAUAACACGACUGACUCCUGCAUCGGUCUUGGCACCAGCAGCAUACAAUCCAUCAUGCUAGGAAGUAUUCCGUGGUCAACUGGUCAGAGCUUUUCCCAGUCCCCGUGGGACUUCAUGAAGAAGAAGAAGGUGGAGCAGGUCACAGUGCUCUUGUCAGGUCCCCAAGAAGGCUGCCUCAGUAGUGUGACUUAUACAUCCAUGAUCCCACUUCAGAUGCUGCAGAACUACCUCAGGCUGGUUGAGCAAUAUCAUAAUGUCAUUUUCCAUGGCCCAGAAGGAAGCUUGCAAGACUACAUAGCAAAUCAGCUUGCCCUCUGCAUGAAGCACAGACAGAUGGCUGCAGGAUUCCCCUGUGAAAUAGUGAGAGCUGAGGUGGAUUCAGGUUUCUCCAAGGAACAGCUAGUAGACGUGUUCAUCAGUAAUGCCUGUCUGAUCCCAGUAAAGCAGUUCCCUGUUAAGAAGAAAAUAAUCGUCAUCUUGGAAAAUUUGGAAAAAUCAUCAUUGUCUGAGUUACUGGGGGACUUUUUGGCACCUUUGGAGAAUCGCAGCACUGAAAGCCCAUGCACUUUCCAGAAAGGUAAAGGAAAUGGAACAUCUGAAUGCUAUUAUUUCCAUGAGAACUGCUUUCUGCUGGGAACCCUCGCCAAGGCUUGUCUCCAGGGCUCUGACCUGCUGGUGCAGCAACACUUCCGCUGGGUUCAGCUGCGCUGGGAUUGCGAGCCCAGUCAAGGACUGCUUCAGAGGUUCCUCCGAAGAAAAGCAGUCAGCAAGUUCAGAGGUCAGCUGCCCGCACCCUGUGAUCCUGUGUGUAAAAUUGUGGACUGGGUUAUCUCUGUCUGGAGGCAGCUCAACUCCUGCCUGGCCCGCUUGGGUACACCGGAAGCACUUCUUGGACCCAAGUAUUUCCUGUCUUGUCCAGUAGUCCCGGGACAUGCCCAAGCAACAGUGAAGUGGAUGUCUAAGCUGUGGAACGCCAUCAUUGCUCCCCGAGUUCAAGAAGCAAUACUGUCAAGAGCCGCCAUGAACAAACAACCUGGUGCUAGGCAGACAGCUUCGAAGAAGCACCCUAGCCAAGGGCAGCAGGCUGUGGUGAGGGCUGCUCUCAGCAUUCUGCUUAAUAAAGCCAUUCUGCAUGGCUGUCCCCUUCCCAGGACAGAGCUGGACCAGCAGAUAGCAGACUUCAAAGGGGGAAGUUUCCCUCUGUCAAUAGUUUCAAGUUAUAGCAAGAAGAAAGGAGAGAGUGCAGCCUGGAGAAAGGUGAACACCAGUCCUCGCAAGAAACCUGGGCACUUCUCCUCACCCAUGUGGAACAAGCCAGACCUGAAGCAUGAAGGUAUGAGAAACAAGAGUGUACCACAUCUGAAUAUUAACAGGAGCUCCUCUCUGUCAAAGCAACAGUCCUUAGAGAAUGAUCUAUCCAUGACAUUGACUUUGGACCACAGACUCUCUUUGGGUUCAGAUGAUGAGGCAGAUCUGGUCAAAGAACUCCAGAGUAUGUGUUCCAGCAAAUCUGAGUCUGAUAUAAGCAAGAUUGCUGAUUCCAGGGAAGACUUAAGGACAUUUGAUAGUUCAAGAACCAACCCUGUGACUUCAGCACCUGUUAACCUGAGGAUGCCAGUGCCACAGAAGGAAGCCAGUCCUCUCAGCAGCCAUCAAACUACCGAAUGCAGCAACAGUAAAUCCAAGACUGAGUUGGGUGUCUCAAGAGUUAAAUCUUUUCUUCCUGUUCCUAGAAGUAAAGUCGCCCAGUGUUCCCAGAACACCAAAAGAAGCAGCAGCAGCAGCAGUAAUACAAGGCAACUAGAAAUCAAUAACAACUCCAAAGAAGAGAAUUGGAACGUAGACAAACACGAACACGUAGAAAAACGUAACAAAUAGGCCUGCCUACAACACCUCCAACAACGUGAUCACCUUAACGUCUUUUGUAUAUUUCAUGCAGAAACACCAAGACAAAGAAGAUGUAAAUACCUUAAAAUGAAUAAAACCAUUUUCCUGUAAUAUAAAGGACAGGUGCGGGACCACUAUUCAGCCUUUUGUAAAGAAUGUAUUUAUAACCUCACAUUUUUUUUUCUGUUAAUCCUAUAGGACUAAACUUUGAUCCCAUGAACUUACAGCAACCUUUCAAGUAGUUUUUUUAUAAUAGAAACAUUGUAAUCGUUUUAAUGGAGAUGUUCAGGGGUAUUAAAGCAGAAGUGUCUGUGUACUGUAUAUUUCUAUCUGUACAUAUGUACAUAUAUGUAUAUUGACAGAAGUUGCAUACAUGUGUACAAGAUUGGCUUAGAUGAAAUGUGCCAGUUUGAAUGGAGAUGAUAAUUUUAUGCUCAUCUGAUGGGGAAUGACUCGAAUGGGGCAAUAACAAAACAUUUCUAAACAGUUAUUUUCCAUUAAAAGCCAUAUGAAGUAUUUUGCCUGUUAAAAUUCUAGUUUUACAUUUUGAAUCUUUUAGUGGUUACAUUGCCAUCUGGUUGCAUCAUGUAUAUAUAUUUACGCUUCUUAAUUUGCAUUAUGACUUGUAAAAAAUAUGAAAUUAUAAUGCAAUAAAAGUGUUAUCUUUCUUACAAAACUUUUGUACCUAAGUGGAUAUAAAAGUUAUCUGCAUCAAGAAAGACAUCAAUUAAAUGAAUUUGGAGUUAACGCCUUCAAUAUAUUUCUAAUAACACACCGAUAAUAAAAUUAAUAUUUUCUAGAAGUGUGUCUUAUAAAGGAAUGGUGAAGUUAUUUAUCCAAUUUACGGUUAAGGUACUUUGAUGCCAAAUAAAAUUUUGAACUAGUGAAA